AGGGCAGGUGCGCCGGGCGCUGCGGCGUGAGGGCUCCUCCCGCCCCGGCUGAGCGGCCGGGACAGCGUUGCGGGGUCUGGAACUCUGCUUGUGCCCGGCCUUGUGAUUGAAUCUGUUGGUUGAUCCCAGCUUUCUUACGUAACUUAAGUUAGUGUAAGUAGGCACAACAGCGUCAGUGAAAGACAAAGAGAUUCCCAGCUUUGUUCCUCGUGUCAUUCCUAACGCGCUGGUUUGGUUUCGGGUGCGAUUGUGCUACUCUGACGUAAGAAGUCACUGAAUGCACCUUCAGGCUGCUUGAAGCACCGGUGCAGGGACCUCCCGGCUUCUCUUCCAGAACCACAGGGUCAGUUUCCCCGUCUGACCUGGUUCAGAGCAGACAACAGAAAAGAAAUGUCCUUUCUGCCUGACUUUGGGAUCUUCACCAUGGGCAUGUGGUCUAUUGGUCUUGGAGCCAUUGGUGCAGCUGUGACAGGGAUCGUCCUUGCUAAUACUGACUUAUUUUUGUCCAAGCCAGAAAAGGCUACAUUGGAGUUUUUGGAGGAGAUAGACCUGAAAUCUUUGGGAACAGAACAAAGAACAUUCAAAGCAGGUGAACUAUGGAAGAAGAAUGGUGCAGUGAUCAUGGCUGUGCGAAGACCUGGAUGAUUUUUGUGCAGAGAGGAGGCUUCUGAGCUCUCCUCUCUGAAACCUCAGCUGUCCAAGCUGGGCGUCCCUCUCUAUGCUGUUGUGAAAGAGAAGAUAGGGACCGAAGUGGAGGAUUUUCAGCACUAUUUCAAAGGAGAAAUUUUUCUGGAUGAAAAGAAAGGCUUCUAUGGUCCACACAGACGAAAGAUGAUGUUGUCAGGCUUCUUCCGCUUUGGAGUCUGGCAAAAUUUCUUCCGUGCUUGGAAAAAUGGAUAUAGUGGUAACCUGGAAGGAGAAGGAUUCACCUUGGGAGGAGUGUUUGUGAUUGGGGCAGGAAGACAGGGUGUUUUAUUGGAACAUCGUGAGAAAGAAUUUGGAGACAAAGUCAGCCUUCCGUCUGUCCUCGAAGCUGCUGAGAAGAUAAAACCACAAGCUUCAUAAGAAGAAAAAUAGUUGCACGUGUUUCUGAUCACAGCUUGAAAUGUAGAAUGCCUCUGUUUCUUGAAUGUGCAGUUUAAUUGCUUCUUAACUAUUUGGUCGUCAAUGCAGAGGAAACAUUCUCUGUUCAAACAUAGAAAAUGAUGAAAAUCCUCCUGGACAUUGUUUUGUUGCUUUGCACCUUUCAGGUGGUCAGGAUUUCAACUGCUCUUUUGUGUCUGACUGUAUUAAUGAAAGGCUGGGUCUAAAGUCUGACCUAGCCUAGAUGUUUUCAGUCAGAGACAGCCAGUUGAAAACCUGUCUACCUAGGGGAGCAAAACUCUGCCAAGGCUGUAGUAUAGGGUACCAGCUGAGGUUUUGAAGGAUAAUAAAUCUUUGUGUAAAUGAA